AACCCAACCCCCACCCACACCGAAGACCGAACCCAACACGCGCGCGCAUUAGAAAAUUCAUCCCCGACCGACCCACCCCCACUGCCAGCGGGCCCCGCACGCCACCGCCCCCCUUAACCUCCGGCGCGCGGCUGCCAGGCCCCUUCUUCCUCGCAGACUCGGCGGCUCAUCCUCCCUCAGAGAAGGCGCGCACCGGCCGGUGGUGGAGAGACGGGGAGGGUGGGAGCAGCAGCGGCCGUAUAAGGAUCUCUCCGCGCUCCCUCGGCUCUCUCCGGUUUUAUCUAUCCGUAUCUAUCUAUCUAUCUAUCUAUCUGCCUACGGUUCGUGGGCCGGGCUGAGGAGGGAGGAAGGCCGCCGCCGCUGCCUUUUGUUGCUGGUCUGAUGAUGGCGGGAGCGACGUCAGCCACGGCAGCCGCGGGCGCAUUCGCCGCCGCCAAGGCGCGGGGGCCCGCCGCAGCGUGCCCCUGGCUCGUCGCCGCCGGCGGCCGGAGGCGGUCCGGCGUCGUGCGCUGCGACGCCGGCGGGGAUGCACAGGCGGCGUCCAAGGCGGCCAGCAUCACCGCGCUCGAGCAGUUCAAGAUCUCCGCAGACCGGUACAUGAAAGAAAAGAGUAGCAUCGCUGUAAUAGGCCUCAGUGUACACACAGCACCAGUGGAGAUGCGCGAAAAACUUGCUGUUGCAGAGGAACUAUGGCCCCGUGCUAUUUCAGAACUCACCAGUCUGAAUCAUAUUGAAGAGGCUGCUGUUCUUAGUACCUGCAACAGAAUGGAAAUAUAUGUGGUGGCUUUAUCGUGGAACCGUGGUAUUAGAGAAGUAGUAGACUGGAUGUCAAAGAAAAGUGGAAUCCCUGCUUCCGAGCUAAGGGAGCAUCUCUUUAUGUUGCGUGACAGUGAUGCCACACGCCAUCUGUUUGAGGUAUCCGCUGGGCUUGACUCUUUGGUUCUUGGAGAAGGACAAAUCCUUGCUCAAGUCAAACAAGUUGUCAGAAAUGGGCAAAACAGUGGAGGCUUGGGAAAGAACAUUGAUAGGAUGUUCAAGGAUGCAAUCACAGCUGGAAAGCGCGUCCGCUGUGAGACCAACAUAUCAGCUGGUGCUGUGUCUGUCAGUUCAGCAGCAGUUGAAUUGGCCAUGAUGAAGCUUCCAAAGUCUGAAUGCUUGUCAGCUAGGAUGCUUUUGAUUGGUGCUGGCAAAAUGGGAAAAUUAGUGGUCAAACAUUUGAUUGCCAAAGGAUGCAAGAAGGUUGUUGUGGUGAACCGUUCAGUGGAAAGGGUGGAUGCCAUUCGCGAAGAGAUGAAAGAUAUCGAGAUUGUGUACAGGCCUCUUACAGAGAUGUAUGAAGCCGCUGCUGAUGCUGAUGUUGUGUUUACAAGCACCGCAUCUGAAUCCUUAUUAUUCACGAAGGAGCAUGCGGAGGUGCUUCCUCCUAUUUCUCUUGCUAUGGGUGGUGUUCGGCUUUUCGUUGACAUAUCUGUCCCAAGGAAUGUCGGUGCCUGUCUAUCUGAAGUGGAGCAUGCACGGGUAUACAAUGUUGACGACUUGAAAGAGGUGGUGGAAGCCAAUAAGGAAGACCGUGUCAGGAAAGCAAUGGAGGCCCAAACAAUCAUUACCCAAGAACUGAAACGGUUCGAGGCAUGGAGGGACUCACUGGAGACCGUUCCGACCAUCAAAAAGCUGAGGUCGUACGCCGACAGGAUCAGGGCAUCCGAGCUCGAGAAGUGCCUGCAGAAGAUCGGGGAAGACAACCUCAACAAGAAGAUGAGAAGGUCCAUCGAGGAGCUGAGCACGGGCAUAGUGAACAAGCUCCUUCACGGCCCAUUGCAGCACCUGAGAUGCGACGGCAGCGACAGCCGCACCCUGGACGAAACACUCGAGAACAUGCACGCCCUCAACAGAAUGUUCAGCCUCGACACGGAGAAGGCGGUCCUCGAGCAGAAGAUCAAAGCCAAGGUAGAGAAGACCCAAAGCUGAGACCAGGAGACAGUUGUCCGUCUGUAUAUCUACUUAUACCACUCCCAGAAUUUCGCUACAUUCUAAUCCCAGUAUUUUUUUUUGAUCCUCCACUUACUCCUGAGUUCUUCCUGUGCCGUGAAUUAGCCAUGGCAGCCUCCGAAUGUGUUGUAGAGAGGAGCGGCGAAGCAUGUUUGCUCCAAAACUGCCUGUGUACAUUAUUUACUGUGGCUGCUGUGGUUAGAGCCCAAUUUUCUAGCUGUACUAUAAUAUACUCUGUUGGACGAAGUAAACCGGAACAUGUCAGUGUGUUAAUUGAUGCAUUCGUUUUAUUA